GUAAGGGUUCACCAAUCACCAUUGACGCCACUCUUUCCCCCCUCCCGAGCACAGAGCAGAGAGAGAGAGAGAGAGAGAGAGCGCUGCGGAGGAGACCGAUGCCGCCGCCGCCGCCGGAGCCGGAGCCGGAGCCGGUGGUGAUCCACGCGUGGUCGGCGCCGCGCUCCCUCAGCACCAGCCUCAUGUACUCCUUCGCCCAGAGGGAUGACAUGGAGGUGCUCGACGAGCCGCUCUACGCUAAUUUCCUGCGCGUCACCGGCGUCGACAGGCCGUAUCGCGAGGAGCUUCUGUCUAACAUGGAUCCUGAUGGUAACAAAGUUAUCAGUGAAGUCAUUUUUGGGCCAGGGAAGAGAAAAUAUCGUUACUGCAAGCACAUUGCAAAGCAGCGCCUCCCUAACCUGUCAAGUGACCUGAUGAAAAAGGGAAAACAUUUCAUAUUGAUACGCAACCCUCUAAAUAUCCUGCCAUCAUUUGACAAAGUCGUCCCACCAUCAUUCUUUGAGCUCGGCAUAGCGGAACUUGUCUCGAUAUACAGUGAAUUGUGUGAGCUUGGGAGCCCUCCGCCUGUGAUAGAUGCAGACGAUCUACAACGGGAUCCUGAGGCUGUCUUGAGUGGACUAUGUGAGGAUCUAGGUAUUCCUUAUCAGCCACAAAUGCUCCAAUGGGAAGCUGGCCCCAAGGACUUUGAUGGUAUUUGGGCUCCCUGGUGGUAUAGGAGUGUACACAAGUCUACUGGUUUCUCUAUGCCACGCCGUUAUCCUUUGACUUUUCCAUUUGCUUUGUAUGAUCUACUUGAACAAAGCUUGCCAUUUUACAACGUGCUGAAACGCCAUGUAAGCAAAACCAUAGGAUCCCCGCAACCAACAUUACCUGAUCCUCCUCUUCCAGUACCUGAAAAUAAAAAAAUUCUUGUUUGGGUUGGAGAUGAGCUUUUGCCCCGUGAUAGUGCAAAGGUUUCAGUAUUUGAUUCAGUUGUACAAGGAGGGGAUGCUGUGUGGGAAGGAUUACGUAUAUACGAUGGGAAAGUGUUCAAACUUGAUGAACACUUGGAUAGGUUGUUUGAUUCUGCAAAAGCUAUGGCCUUCAGCAAUGUGCCUAGUCGUGAUUGGAUUAAGGAUGCCAUCUUUAGGACUCUCAAUGCAAAUGGAAUGUUCAAUAAUGCUCAUAUAAGGCUUACACUCACCCGUGGGAAGAAGGUGACAUCUGGAAUGAGUCCAGCUUUCAACCUCUAUGGAUGCACCUUGAUAGUGCUUGCAGAGUGGAAACCACCAGUUUAUGAUAACUCGCAUGGAAUAAAGUUGGUAACUGCCACCACGCGGCGUAAUUCUCCGAAUAGCAUAGAUUCAAAGAUACAUCACAACAAUCUUAUCAACAAUAUUCUGGCGAAGAUAGAGGGUAACCUUGCACAGGCUGAGGAUGCCAUCAUGCUAGAUAAAGAUGGUUUUGUAUCAGAAACAAAUGCAACAAACAUUUUUAUGGUUAAGAAGGGCAUUGUGUUGACACCUCAUGCUGAGUACUGCCUUCCAGGCAUUACGCGUGCAACUGUCAUGGAUCUUGUGGUAAAAGAGAGCCUGGUGUUACAUGAACGUCGCAUUAGUUUAUCAGAAUUUCAUGCUGCAGACGAGGUAUGGACUACUGGAACGAUGGGUGAAAUCACACCGGUCGUAAUGAUUGAUGGUCGUGAAAUUGGUGACGGGAAAAUAGGUCCGGUCACAAGACAAAUCCAGAAUGCAUACAAAGUCAUAACUGCAGGUUCUGGAGUAACAAUACCCAGAAAUGCCGAUGAAUAACAGGUGUAUAUGCCUUCCUGGUCUACCUGCCGGAACCAGUAUAAAGCAAACUUGAUUGUUAGAGAAAUAAAUGUGAAAAGAUGCAUCACUAAAUUGUCGUGCCAAUUGGAAAAUGUGUAUGAAGCAUGUACUCUGUUUUUCUUAGACUCAGUAGGGGUUUUCGCCAAAAUUGCAGAUUUCAUUUGUGGACGAUUAUGAAUUCAAUAAACAUGUCCAAUGCUAGUAGCUCAGUUUGGCACUGUGGUGGCCUUUCUAAAA